AUGGCUGCGCCCAUUACCACCGUUUCGGAGAGUCGAGAAGUCCGUGGCCUCAACCUGAUUGCCGCUCAUUCCCACAUUCGCGGUCUUGGUGUCGACCUUGCUACACUUGAACCAAGAGGCUCCUCGCAGGGAUUAAUCGGCCAAGAGAAGGCUCGCAAAGCUGCCGCUGUCAUUUUGCAGAUGGUCAAAGAUGGGAAAAUUGCUGGCAGGGCAGUUCUGAUCGCCGGUCCACCAAGUACAGGCAAGACUGCCAUCGCAAUGGCAAUGGCGCAAUCUCUGGGUCCUGACGUUCCUUUCACCCUACUCGCUUCCUCCGAAAUCUUCUCUCUCGAAAUGUCAAAAACAGAAGCCCUGACACAGGCCUUUCGCAAGUCCAUUGGCGUCAGGAUAAAAGAAGAGAGCGAAAUAAUCGAGGGAGAGGUGGUCGAGAUCCAGAUUGACCGCAGUGUGUCUGGCGGCAAUAAGCAAGGCAAAUUGACUAUCAAAACCACCGACAUGGAAACCGUUUACGACAUGGGAACCAAGAUGAUUGACUCGAUGACCAAAGAGAGAGUCAUGGCCGGAGAUGUCAUCUCCAUAGACAAAUCGUCGGGCAAAAUCGUGAAACUCGGCAGAUCUUACACUAGAUCAAGAGAUUACGACGCCAUGGGUGCUGACACCAAAUUUGUCCAAUGCCCCGAAGGCGAACUCCAGGUCCGGAAGGAAGUGGUCCACACUGUUAGUCUUCAUGAGAUUGAUGUUAUCAAUUCCCGCACACAGGGCUUUCUCGCUCUGUUCUCUGGAGACACUGGUGAAAUCCGAAGCGAGGUUCGAGAUCAGAUCAACACCAAGGUGGCCGAGUGGAAGGAGGAGGGUAAAGCAGAGAUCAUUCCGGGUGUUCUGUUCAUUGAUGAGGUUCACAUGCUCGACAUUGAGUGUUAUUCUUACAUCAAUCGAGCUCUUGAAGCUGACCUGGCUCCCAUUGUCAUCAUGGCCAGCAAUAGAGGCAACACUCGUAUCAGAGGAACCAACUAUCGGUCACCUCAUGGAUUACCUCUCGACUUCUUGGAUCGCGUUGUCAUCAUCAGCACUCAGCCAUAUGCACCAGAAGAAAUUUCUCGGAUUAUCGCCAUCCGCGCACAAGAAGAGGAGGUCGACUUAUCUCCCGAUGCGCUAGCUCUCCUUACAAAGAUCGGACAGGAGUCGGGUCUGCGAUAUGCGAGCAACAUUAUCACCACUUCGACGCUCUUAAGCCAGAAACGACGAGCCAAGGAAGUUAGCAUUGAUGAUGUACAGCGAAGUUACAAGUUAUUCUACGAUCCUGCAAGAUCUAUCAAGCUGGUCAAUGAGUAUGAGAAACAAUUCAUCAGUGACAGCGGAGAGGUGACUUUUGCUAUCAACGGUACGAAUGGGACGAAUGGGACGAACGGUGAUGCUAUGGAUACGGCAUAA